AGGUGUUGGGAUCAUCGUCUUCUGGCAAGGUGAUGGCAAUGCCGGUCUUGGCGACGGGGCCUAAGAAACAGAAUCCGGUGCCAUGUCCCAUACCCUCUCGAGCUUCUUCGCCAAAGCAAAAGACUAUAAUCUGAUUCGCCGAGCACCAGAAGGUUGGUCCACUGGAACGCCAAGGGCAGACCUUCCAUGCACCCACUCUGUCAGUGUCAUUUUCUCCCAUUUCUUAGUGCAGCUCCUGCUAAUUUUCGUUUAAAAAUCUGUUGAUAGAACUCGUUUUGAGCGCAAUAGAAAAUGACCCGUUCAACCUCACCUGAUUUCAUGACUAAGAUAUUGUCAUUUACUACGAUAUUUUUGUUCAAGGAUCUGUUGACAUAUAGUACGUACUCAUUUAUGAGAUGAUAGCAGAUUAUAUCUGGGGAUACAGAACCAGCAGGUAUUAACUUCGAAAAAUUAAUUGUCCUCCAAUUUUGCAGAUACUUCAGUAGGAGUAUAUUUAUUCAAUAUCAUCAAGAGAAUGGAAAAUAUCUUUCCCGGUAUCCCCUAUCCCGCACCAUAAAACCGGGUAGAUGCAUUACCCACGUUCCUGCCAUCCCAGUAAACCUUAUCAUAUCUUCCAGAUUUAGCGCAAAUUAAAGUCAUUAAUGUGUUGCCAAAGAUGCGCUGGAUUUAUCAACUGAUGAUUAAUACAUGCCAAAACUAAGGCAACGCAUUAAUCAUUCGUGCUGUAUAAAGAUUACCCGGUGAUUAAUACAUGCCAAAAAUAAGACAACGCAUUAAUCAUUCGUGCUGUAUAAAGAUUACCCGGUGAUUGAUCCUAUUCCAGCAUUGCCAUCAUCUUCCUCGUGUAGCUGUUCGUGGCUUGAGGAAUGGCGUCGUUUAGGAACCUCUCCGUGCCACUUCUCUUGCUCACCAUCCUUUUUCCUAUGCUCGCACUCUGCUAUAUCAAUCCAGCUGCCACAAGCGUACACCAAAAUGCCACAAAGUCCUCUGCUUCUCGUGCUUACAUCGUGCUCGUAGAGCCACCGCGCUCGAAUGCCGGCGAAGACGCCCACCGCCAGUGGCACGAGUCUUUCUUGCCGACCUCGUUGGCGGAUGAGUCCAGCGAGUCGCGCCUUCUCCACUCCUACACAGAGGUGUUCAGCGGCUUUGCCGUGAGGCUCACUGACGCUGAGCUCGACACUAUGGCCAAGAAGCCAGGGUUCGUGCGUGCAUUCCCGGACCGAACGCUGCAGCUCAUGACCACCCACACGCCGGAGUUCCUCGGCCUAAAGAACGGCACCGGGUUCUGGAGCCGGGCUGGCUACGGGAAGGGAGUCAUCAUUGGACUACUCGACACCGGUCUCUAUGCGACGCACCCUUCCUUUGACGACCAUGGAGUUUCGCCACCCCCAACAAGGUGGAAGGGCUCGUGCAAGGCGGCCCGGUGCAACAACAAGCUCAUCGGUGCCAAGUCACUCAUUCAGGGUGAUGAAUUUGGCGACGAAGAGGGGCACGGAACGCACACCUCGUCCACUGCCGCCGGGAACUUCGUCACCGGCGCAUCAUACCAUGGUGCGGGCGUGGGCAAGGGCACCGCGGCCGGAAUUGCUCCUGGCGCUCACAUCGCCAUGUACAAGGUAUGCGCCAAUAGACGCUGUAAGCAAUCUGCCGUACUGGCAGGCCUAGAAGAGGCCAUCAAGGAUGGUGUGGACGUGCUCUCACUCUCCCUUGGCGGUGACACGAUUGCCAGCUUCGAUGAGGACCCCAUUGCUAUUGGUGCAUUCAGUGCUGUGUCCAAGGGCAUCCUCGUGGUGUGCGCCGCCGGCAAUAGCGGUCCGAGGCCGGGCUCGAUCACCAACGAGGCGCCGUGGUUGCUCACGGUCGCCGCCGGCUCCCUGGAUCGGAGCUUUGCUGCCAGCCUGCAUCUCGGCAAUGGCAAGAGCAUCGACGGAGAAGCACUUACCCAGAAAGUGAGUCCGAGUUCAAAGUCACACCCUCUCCUCUACUCCGAGGAACGACGGUACUGCAAUUACAAGAGUGGCAGUGGCAUCACCGGUAAGAUCUUGGUCUGCGAAGGCACUAGGUCGAAGACUCAACAGUCCAACAUCCACAGAAUAGUGGGUGCUGGUGCGGCUGGUGUGGUGCUGUUCAACGAUGAAAUCAGCGGCUACAGCACCAUGGUUCAGGAUUACAACUCCAGUGUUGUACAGGUGAGCGCGGCCGACGGCGAUGUCCUCAUAGCUUAUGCCGCGUCAUCAGAGAGCAGCUCCGUGGCCUCUCUCAUCUACAACAACACACUGUUUGGUGUCCGUCCGGCCCCCGUCGUGCCCUUUUUCUCUUCCCGUGGUCCAAGCAUCAUCGCGGUCGGCAUCCUAAAGCCGGAUAUAUUGGCACCAGGCCUCAACAUCCUCGCCGCGUGGCCGCCAAGCACGGGCUCUGGAAGGGGCACUUUCAACAUCAUAUCAGGAACAUCCAUGGCGACGCCACACGUCAGUGGUGUCGCUGCGCUUAUCAAAAGCAUCCAUCCUGACUGGUCGCCAGCCGCCAUCAAAUCUGCCAUCCUAACGACGUCGGACAUCGUUAAUAGCACUGGUGGCUCAAUCUUGGACGAGCAACAUAGGAAGGCCGGCGUGUAUGACACAGGCGCCGGCCAUGUGAACCCGACCAGAGCCGCAGAUCCUGGCUUGGUGUACGACCUCAGCGUCACCGACUACGCCGGCUACAUCUGCUGGCUCCUCGGUGACAGCGGCCUAGCAACCAUCGUGCGCAACUCAAGCUUGACCUGUGCGAAGCUGCCCAAGGUCCAUGCUGUGCAGCUUAACUACCCGACGAUAACCGUGUCAGCGACAUCGACGCCAUUCACAGUGAAGCGGACUGUGACGAACGUUGGGCCAGCAAACUCGACGUUCACGGCGAAGGUGGACGCGCCAAGAUCACUGACAGUGCGUGUCUCCCCGGAGACGCUGGGAUUCUCCAAAACCGGAGAGAAGAAGACCUUCAGCGUGUCCGUGAGCAGCCACGGCUUGGGCGAGGAACUGCACUUGGAGGGAAGCUUGAGCUGGGUAUCGGAGAAGCAUGUCGUGCGGAGCCCCAUCGUUGCUGUCUCCCCAAGAGGCGAUACUGCUCCGGACCCAUCACCAUGAAUGAUGUACGUGCCGUGAAAUCAGUAAAUGUUUACUUUGUCAACAUAAUAAUAAAUAAACAGUAUUAAU